AUGGCAGAAGUAGCACACAUGUAUCCACUAACAUCAUCAUCUUCAUUUAGUUUUCCCAGGACCAAUGAGUUAGGCUCUGUUGAUUUGUUCCUAGAAAAUCUAAAGGAACUAGCAAGCUGCGAUGAAACUGAUCAUUCACUUGCUUUCCCAGUUGAUAGCAUCGACAUAGUCCAAAAAAAUCUCACAUUCUUAAGAUCUUUCCUCGAGAAUAUGAAGGAGAAGCGCAAUCAGAAUGGCAAACUCAAAACUUGCUGGAAUCGUGUUAUGGAGAUUGCAUACAAGGCAGAGUUAGUAAUUGACUCGAUAGUUGUCAGUGAUAAAGGUCAUUACUUUUUGGAUGCUGUUGCUGAAGACAUCAAUCUUAUGAAGAUCGAGGCCCAAGAGAUCUGUGACAGCACAAGUUAUAAUGGUGAAAUCAAGAGAGUUACCAGGGCUUCCGUUCAUAUGCCAUCUCAAUUAACUGCCGCCAUGAAGAUCUUAUGGGUCUUGGAGACGAGGUGGAAACUAUCACUGACAGACUUACAAGAGGAACAAAGCAGUUGGAUGUUGUUCCUAUCGUGGGUAUGCCUGGGCUUGGACAUUGGGGCAUGGAAUUUGUUGAGAAAUUCACUACCGGAUGAUGCCAAUGGAAGCAGGAUCAUGUUCGCCAGCAAAUAUCAGAAUUUGUCUUCGCUAUUUAAAGGAGAUUGCAAGCCUCACCAUCUUCGCCAACUUACUGAUAAAGAGUGUUGGGCUUUGCUGCAGACUAAGAUAUUUGGCAAAGAAGGAUGUCCUCCUAUACUAAGUGAAGUUGGAUUCCGAAUAGCAACAAACUGUAAAGGACUACCUCUCAUUGUUGUCCUGAUAGAAGGAUGUCCUCCUAUACUAAGUGAAGUUGGAUUCCGAAUAGCAACAAACUGUAAAGGACUACCUCUCAUUGUUGUCCUGGUUUCUGGAAUUCUUGCUACUACUGAUCAAGAUUGCUGGGAAGAAACUGCGGAAACUCUAAAUGCCAGCAUUAUUCUUGACACUGGAAACUGCAUGAAGACUCUUGAGCAGAGUUAUAGUCAUUUACCAGAUUAUUUGAAGCCAUGUCUUCUUUACUUUAGUGCAUUUCCAGAUGAACGAGAUAUUUCUGUACAAAGGUUGUUACAGCUUUAUAUUUCUGAAGGAUUUGUUCAAAAGACUGAAAGAAAGAGCUUAGAGGAAGUGGCCAAUGACUGCUUGAUGGAUUUGAUUGCUAGAAGUUUAGUUAUGGUUACUCGAGAAAGAACUCUGGGAGGUGCCAAAGCCUGCCAAGUUCAUGAUUUGGUACAUGAAUUUUGUGUGGAAAAAGCCAAACUAGAAGGUUUUGUACAUAUAAUUGAUAGGUAUAAAGACCCUUCUUGUCCUACAGGACCUUGCAACUACAAUCCCCACCGACUGUGUAUUUACAAUACAAUGGUAGAGGUGGUUAAGCAGUCAAGGCAAUUUUUUCCCAAUUUACGCUGUUUGCUCUUCUUUCCUAGCUAUGAGCAGAAUGCUACAGAUCUGGAUUUGGGGUUUUUGAUGUCUAAACUUCUUAGAGUGUUGGAUUUGGGAAACUUUGACUUUUGUGAAUCAUUUCCAUUGGAAGUACUAUGCCUUGUUCACUUGAGAUACUUGGGGAUUAAUCUGAAAAUAGACUUUGUUCCAUCUGCAAUAGCCAAUCUCUCAAGGUUACAUACUUUGGUGGUUUAUGGAAGCAUUACUCAUGUCGAGUUGCCAAAGACUAUCUGGAAUAUUAAGACGUUGAGGCAUCUUUGGCUUGCAAAAGAUACUGAAAAAGUUACCCAACAUCCGCAGGCUAAAGUGUGUUGGAGUCUCAGGGCUCUAAACAGCAUCUUCUGGAAUUUGCUAUGGGACUCUGAUGCUGGAUCAUUUGAGUCUACUAGAAUCCCUAAAGCAAUUGGAAAGCUGCCCAACCUUGAAGUUCUUAAAGUUAGAGAUUCCUUUGUGGGGGAAGAAUGGGAAAUGAAAGAAGGGGAAUUCUGUAAUCUUCGAUGCUUGGAGCUAUCAGAUUUAGGCUUUUGCAGGUGGACUGCCUCUGCUGAUAAUUUUCCCCGUCUUGAGAAAUUGGAUUUGCAUUAUUGUGAGGCCCUGGAAGAGGCCCCUUCUUGUUUAGGGGAAUGUUCGACUCUUGAAAUGAUUGAGGUGAAAGGGUGUAGUGAGUCUGCUGUAUGUUCUGUAAAGCAAAUUGGACAAGAGCAGAUGGAAAUGGGAAAUCAGGGUCUAAAGAUCAUUAUGUGA